GUCUGAAAGGUGUGGCAGUUUMUGUUCGCUGUAAAUUUCUCUUUCCAAACGACCGAUCUUCUCUUCCAGUUUUAAGCCUUCUGUUCUGCAAAGAUGUCUGCUUGGGAUGACUUGGAGCUGCUCUUAGACUCCCCCUCCUCUCUGACUGUGACACCUAACACCAGAGGAACUGUGAAGGAGAAGGCAGGUUUCAAAGUGGAGGAAGAUGUUGCUGCUCUUAGGAAGGCCAUAGAGGGUCUCGGUACAACAGAGAAGACCCUGAUUGAGGUUCUGACCCAAAGGAACGAUGCUCAGCGUCAGCUCAUUGCCAGAGCUUAUGAGAAARCCACAGGAAGGAAAUUGGUCGCUGACCUGGAGGGCGACACCCAUGGAGACUUCGAGGACGUGCUGUUGGCUUUGGCAACGCCUCUUGCUGCCUUCGACUGUCAUGAAGUUAUGAAGGCCACAAAGGGUGCAGGGACCACCGAGUCUACCCUGACAGAAAUCUUUGCUUCCAGAUCCAACAAACAGAUCAAGGCCUUUUCUGACGUCUACCUGGAAGAAACUGGAAGACAGCUGGUCCAUGAUCUGAAGUCGGAGGUGUCUGGAGACUACGGCAAAGCUCUGCUCAUCUUGGCUGAGGGAAAGCGAGACGAGAGCACCAACGUGGACGCUGCCAAAGCUAAAGCUGACGCAAAGGCGUUGUACGAAGCAGGAGAGAAGAAGUGGGGAACCGAUGAGCAGAAGUUCAUCGACAUCCUUUGCCACAGGAGUGUCCCGCAGCUUCGGCAGACUCUUGUGGAGUACAAAACCAUUAGCAAGAAAACUCUGCAGGAAAGCAUCGAAAGUGAGAUGUCUGGAAACCUGGAGGAACUCUUAGUGGCUGUGGUCAAGUGUGUGAAGAACACUCCUGCAUACCUGGCUGAGAGGCUUCACAAGAGCAUGAAGGGCGCAGGAACCACAGAGUCCAUUCUGACGAGGAUUAUCGUCAGUCGAUCUGAGGUCGAUUUAUUGGACAUCAGAGCAGAGUACAAGAAGCUGUWUGGAUGUUCGCUCUACUCCCAGUUAGAGUCUGAAGUGUCUGGUAACUACGGUGAAGUCCUGAAGAGGCUGUGUGGUCAAGACUGAAGCUGUGAAGUUAAACCGUGGAGAUGGGACCCAGAACCAGCUGAUUUUUACAACAUCAUGACUUAAAAUGUGGAUUUCAACUUUUUAUAGAUACUGCAUGUAGGCACAGUUGUGACUGAACUGUUUGUUUUGCUUUUCUUCUGAAAAUAUAGUUUCAUAACAGAA